AAGCCUUGCUUUAGCUUUGACCCUUCUUCUCUCUCUCUUUUCAUGGUAGACCCAACCCCUCUUUUAACACUCUCUCUCUCAAAAGCUCCUCCCUUUCUCUUUCUUUCUCUCUCUCUCCCUCUCUGUCUUAAAGUCUUUCUCUUUCUGUCUUCUUUUCUUUCCUUUUCCUUUUCUCUCUCUCCACACAUUUUCAGGGAAGAAGGGAAGCUAUUAAAUUCUUUUUUAUUUUAUCUCUCUACAGUAGUUAGUAAGUGAAUGAGAGAGAAAAUUUGGCUUCUUUUGGCUCUCCACUUCUAAAGCAAAGGGCUUUCAAAGUUCUGAUCUUUGAAACUAUAUCAGGUGGUGGCUUUUCUGUUCUUCAGUUGUAGAACUCAGUUUGCUGUUGAUGGAGUUGAAGAUGAAACUAACUAGGACUGCUAGUGGUGGUAACCGUGCAUCAAUGAUUUGGCGUAAGCAAUGGGUUUGUACACUCCAAUCUAUGUAACAAGUUUGCCUCCUUUCGAUGGCCUCAAAAUCUGGCGUGAGACGUUCCCUAGAAAAGCAGAGGAGACCAUUUGGUAGCCAAACAGCUGAAGAUUGUCGUCAGCCUUCUCCUAUACAAAUCACAAAGACAAGCAAAUCAGAGCCAGUUACACCAAGGACAGUACCCAAGAGUAUGCAGCAAGUUCCAUCGAAACAAGAUUCUGUUGCAACCACAGAGGAUGUAAAAUCACUGAAACCUCAUAAUUUAGAGUCCGUUGAUUCCUUGACAAAGAAAGUAGAUUCAGGUCUAUCCUUGGGUAAUCCAAAAGAAGUUCAAAAACAUGUUGUGAGUCAGAUUGGGGGAUUACCAGAUGGUUCUGGCGAGCAAGAAAAGAAAGCAUCAGAACAUGGAAUUAAUUCAGCUUUGGCUAAAUCAAGUGAUGUGGCCACCAGCCUUGUCAAGACUAGUGGAGGUGCCAAAGUCAGUGAUCGACCUGCUUAUACUGAGAGUGGUAAGAGCAGUAUGUGUAGAGGUAGCACAAGCAGUGAUGUGAGCGAUGAAAGCACAUGUAGCAGCUUAAGUAGCAGUAUCAACAAACCUCAUAAGGCAAAUGAUAUAAGAUGGGAAGCCAUACAGGCUGUCCGAACAAAAGAUGGUGUAUUAGGUUUAAACCAUUUCAAAUUGCUGAAAAGAUUAGGCUGUGGGGAUAUUGGAAGUGUCUAUCUCUCGGAAUUAAGUGGAACAAAGUGUUAUUUUGCUAUGAAGGUGAUGGACAAAGCAUCUUUAGCAAGUCGUAAGAAACUUCUUCGAGCUCAAACAGAGAGAGAAAUACUACAAGCCCUUGACCACCCCUUCCUUCCAACAUUGUACACACAUUUUGAGACUGAUAAAUUUUCAUGUUUAGUGAUGGAGUUCUGCCCUGGGGGUGAUUUGCAUACACUAAGACAGAGACAAUCAGGAAAGCAUUUUACUGAGCAAGCAGUAAAGUUCUAUGUAGCAGAGGUUCUCCUUGCUUUGGAAUAUCUCCAUAUGCUUGGUAUUGUUUAUCGUGAUCUUAAGCCCGAAAAUGUUCUUGUUCGAGAAGAUGGACACAUAAUGCUUUCGGACUUUGAUCUUUCCCUCCGUUGUGCUGUCAACCCAACAUUAGUCAAGUCAUCCACACUUGAGUCUGAACCCUUGCGAAGGAAUACAGUUUAUUGUGUACAACCAGCUUGCAUUGAGCCUUCCUGCAUCCAGCCAUCAUGUGUGGCCCCUACAACAUGUUUCUCCCCUCGCUUCUUUUCAUCAAAAUCCAAGAAAGACCGGAAGCCCAAGAAUGAAAUGGGGAACCAAGUCAGUCCAUUGCCUGAGCUUAUUGCUGAGCCAACCAACGCUCGCUCCAUGUCAUUUGUGGGAACCCAUGAGUACUUGGCACCUGAAAUUAUCAAAGGUGAGGGGCAUGGAAGUGCCGUUGAUUGGUGGACUUUUGGGAUCUUCUUGUAUGAGCUAUUGUAUGGUAAAACUCCUUUCAAAGGGUCUGGGAACCGAGCAACCCUCUUCAAUGUUGUAGGGCAGCCCUUGAGAUUCCCAGAAUCACCUGUAGUAAGUUUUUCAGCAAGAGACUUGAUAAGGGGCUUGCUGGUCAAAGAACCACAGCAUAGAUUGGCGUAUAAGCGAGGAGCAACAGAGAUCAAGCAACAUCCCUUCUUUGAGGGUGUAAAUUGGGCUUUAAUUCGUUGUGCAAGUCCCCCGGAGAUUCCAAAACCGGUUGAGAUAGAGCGAAUUCCAGCCCCCACAUCAUCAGCUGGUGAUAAAGCUGCUGUUCCUGCUGCCAAUGAUCAGAAUAACUAUCUGGAAUUUGAUUUCUUUUAAUUGUUUCUCAGAACCAUUCUCCAGUCUGUUUUCCUUUCUUUUUUCAAUUCGAGAGAAAUGUAGAGUUUAUGAAAUGUUGAUGAUGUGCAAAUUAGGAUUUCUAGAAUGAUAAAUGAUCAAAUGCUUGAUGUCUUAAAUUUUCAAAUUUGUAUUUGCAUAAGUGAACAUCUUGUUGGUUCUGCAAUUGUCUUUUCAUGAAGAAUUGUAGCAUACUUCCAAGGCCAUAGCCUUUGAUUUUCUCCAGGAUGUUAUAAAAGAUCAAAUUUAAAUAGA